AUGGUUAAUUGCGAUCCCGAGACAUAUCCUGUCAAGCUCCCCAGCCUGAAAGGUUUCGGUGCGGCAAUAGGUGUACAUCCGAAAAAAUGCCAGCAUCUGGCACCAGCCAAGUUUCAGAUGGUCCUUGACUAUUUGAAAUCUUGGGACGUUUUUGCAGUAGGAGAGACUGGACUGGAAAGGACAGAACCAGAGAAGUUGUUGAAGUUGCAGGAGGAGACCCUGGUGAAACUACUCAACUUUAGUAUGCCGGUCCGUCCAGUCUUCUUGCAUAUGAGAGAAGGAGCAGAUCAGCAUGUAGGUGAGGUAAGUGCAAAAUGCUUACAGUUGAUGAAGGCGAAUGCAGCUCCAACACAGAAAAUACACCUACAUUUUGGUGGUACAGUGGAACAAGUUGUAGGAUGGUUGGAUGCUUACCCCAACUGUUAUUUUGGAUUCAGUGCUUGGGUAACUUCUUUUGACAAGUACCAGAUCGCAGCACUGCAACGGGUGCCAGCAAACCGUUUACUCCUUGAAACGGAUGCGCCCUAUUUCAAGCAAGCUGCAGCCCGAGCCAGUACCCUGCAUUUCUUGGAGAUAUUAGGGAGGUAG